AUGGCAAAAUCCAUCAGUGAAACCGCGACAGAUUACAUAACCUCAUUCCAACGCAGCUACUCAUCCUCAUACAACAACCUCAAGCACAGGUCGGGCCCGUAUUUCCCCGCCUUUCUCACGAUCGGCCUCGUCAGUUUCGGGCUCAUCAGUCGUCUAGCAUGGGAAGAUUACCGGAUCUUUCUGAGCUACGGGCCGGGCGGUAUGCCGUAUAAUGUCGUCGGAUGGCUUGCCACGAAUAUUCUCAAAGUCAUUGGGAUUAAUACUCUCGAUGUGCGGAGGUUGGAGGCGGAUUCUGAUAAGAGGUCGUGGUUGGAGAAGGGUGAUUUGAAGGCCCGGAAGGGGGAGAGACCGCAACUCGGUCGGCAUCCUGUGCCGCAGAGACAAUUGGAUCAGAUUUCUUCGGGCGAUGUUCCAAAGGAAUUCCUCGCCAAAUUUCGCACGUUGGGCGAGCACAACGCGCAUCUCGUGCAAUUCAAACUCUCGAAGUACGAGAUGCAUACGGAUGCGCUGUGGGUGAAGGAUGACAGCGAUGUUUAUGCGCUGGACAAGAAGUUCAACAGGGAGAUCUCGCAUGUUCAUUCUGGAACGGAUUACUCGGCGCAUGUGGUGCUCGCGCCGCAGGAUGCUGUGACUGUUAUACAAAAGGGAUGGGGCCAAUUACAUGGGUUGGCCGGGGUGAUGAUUGUGCCGAAGAGUUAUGUGUUGCUUUAUGCGCCGAGGAGUGAAGAGGAGAUUGAGGUGCUGGUGGGGAUUGUGAGGGCAGCGAUUGGGUAUAUGACUGGUGCUGUUAUGGGGGAUGUGAAGAGUUCGUGA